AUGAAGAGGAAUUGCUAUUUAGAUUUAUUAUCUCAGAAAUCAAUGAACGAGAAAUCGAAAGUAAAUAAAAAACUUGUUGCCAUUUCUCCGGAAGAAUUUCAGGUUAGAGUGAUAAUAUGGUUGGCAAAUCAAGAAAUGGAAGGAAGGAGUGGUAGGAAAAAAUUGCCUCCAACACUAUCGCUUUCAUUGCGACCUCAAGUGUUAUUAAUGCAUGCUUCACAUGGCUUUUCUAUAAAGCGAUCUCUUGAAAAUUUUCUUCACAAGAGAAAGAAAAAGAUUCAAAGUCACGUCUCUGUUGUAACGUCUCAUGAUAGUAAUAGUACAAAUUAG